CCCCUCGGAAGCGGCCAGCAGUAGGAGGUCGAGCCUCUGCUGCGCGGGCUCACCUGUUGGCCCGGGCCGCCGCUGCUCUCUCCUUCCUUUCCCUCGCGUUCAUACCCCUAACCCCCAUCUGCCCCGCUGUCGGGGGCUGCCGCCAUGGCGGAGACGGAGGAGAGGAGCCUCGACGACUUCUUCGCCAAGCGGGACAAGAAGAAGCGGAAGGAGAAGAGCAACCGAGCGGCCGCCGCCUCCAGCGCCGCUUCUAGCGCCGCUUCUAACGCUGCCUCUAACGCCACGGGGGCGGCCUCGGCGGCUGGAGGAACCCGCCCGACUGACGGCAGCGGCUCCGGGGCCGUCACCUCUAACGCAGAUUCCUCCAAGACGGUGACCAAGGAAGAGGAUGAUUGGAAGGAGUUUGAGCAAAAGGAAGAGGUUGAUUAUAGUGGUCUUAGAGUUCAGUCCAUGCAAAUAAGUGAGAAGGAAGAUGAUGAAAGUGAAAAAACAGAAGAAACUGGUGACAACUGGGAAGAGACCGGUGGUAGUGUAGACAGAUCCUCUGGUCCUUGGAACAAGUCUGCGCCUGCCCCAGCACCUGUCGUUGAACCAAUUGUGGCCGAGGCCCCGGAGCCGGUGCCGAGCGGAGGCGUGUACAGGCCGCCCGGCGCCAGGGAGGGCGGCAGGCCCCGGCGAGCGCAGCAGGGCCCGCCCGAGAUCUACAGCGACACUCAGUUCCCCUCGCUGCAGUCCUCCGCCAAGCUCGGCGACAGCCGCAGGGAUAAAGAAAUGGAGAAGAGCUUUGAAGUAGUAAAACACAAAACUAGAGGUAGGGAUGAGGUCUCAAAAACCCAGGCACUUAAACUUCAGCUAGAGAACCAGUAUGCUGUGCUGGGGGAUCAGUAGAGCUGCACACACAGUACAGUUCAGGAAUGCUUGUUUGGUAACCCCUCCACUAAGGUAACUAAACUACAGCUCACAGCUCUGAUGACCGUGCCACCUUGUUCUGCUGGAUCUGCUGCAGCAAGUGCAGACUGCCCUGAUGUAAGUGAUUGGUUCUCCUGCAUUGUGGAAGCAUAACGUGUUACAACUCCUCCAGUGGAUGUGGGGCAGAGUAAUGUCAUGAUUGAACUGGUGUCACCAGGGUUCUUUAAUUGCUCAGAUACCUACAGCCAGUGGUCAUUUCCAAAUCUUUUUAUGUUCAGAUACUGAGCCUUCGUAAAGGUUGACUACCUCAGACUUGCUGCACUCAUUGUGGACACCAUGUGGAUCACAACUUCUGGAAGAGAAGGUUACAGCUGUUUUAGUGGCCAUCUGAAACUUGAAACCAGCUCUACUGGAUUCCUGUCAGAAAUCCUGCAGAAGUCAGCCAUUUGGUUCCAAUUUGCUAUAACAAAGAUUUAAGUGACCUUAAUGACAAACCUGUUCUGUUCCCCUCCUGAGGAAUCCUGCCCUGUGUAGCCAUAGCCUGAUAGAGACUUCUGGAGCUGCCCAAGUACUGCAGAGCUGUAGCUUGUUUACCUUUCUAGAUAGCUGUACUGAGGUAACUGCACCACCGAGUAGAACUCCUCCAGUACCAGAUUAGAGAUCAGUGGCUCGGAGUCCUCUGUUGGCUUUAGCCAUGCCCACAGCUGGCUUUUGGCUGCUUAUUCUUAGUCCCCACCCAAGAAACUGCUGCCUGGUUUCUGCUAUCCAGUUGCAUCCUGUUUAAAUGAUGGUGAGACCUUGGACUGAAGCAGUUUCUUUGGGGCUUUGUCACGAGUAUUUCCCACCCUGAAGCACUAAGGCUUGAGUUUCCAUUAUCCAGGCUCCAGCCACAGUCCUUGGAAUGUGUCUUUCCCAGAGGAGGUGUGGCUAUAUUGCUACUGGAUAAGACAUCCUCUAUUGAAAACAGUUGCUCGUGGCAGGGUAAUGGGUACUUGAUAACCCAACUGUAACCAGAGGGAUAGAGCUGGUAAAGCCUUACUUGUUUGGCUACUUCUGUGAAGCACGCAGGCUUUUUGAGGCAGAAAUCCUGUAAGGCAGACUCCUGUGGUGGUUAUUCACCGAGUCAGGAAGUUGAGUAGCAAAGGCUCCUUAUGUUGUCAUCUUUGAAUCUAGUGGAAGCAGGCAAAGUGGUGUAAGUGAUUCGAUGAGCAACAUCUGUCAAGUACCAAAUGUGUCCUGCUGUAACCGUUCUUCUCUUCUCUGCAUUCUCAGACCAGAAGUCAGAUGAAGUACAACAGUGGCAUGCUCCAGUGUGGAGAUUUUUCAGAGUCAAUGCCAAAAACUAGCCCCAGCGUUUGCAAGAGUUGCUAAUGGCAAGAGAGACGAGGGAACAAACCCAAGCUGGCUUAGGUGUGUGUGCAGGUGGUGAGGAUAGUGCAGGGCUCCCUUUGACUAACUGCUGACUCACUUUAACCUCCUCCUGAGGCCAGUGGCAACAUUCUGUUGACUUCAGUGGAGCUGAGCUUCCACCUGGCUCUGCUGUGCACAGACUAAUGCUGGCCUUGUCUUCGCAGAGUUAACUGUCCCUAAGACCUCUGCUACAAGCUGCUAUUAGAGGGCUCCAGCCUCUUUUUCAUUUGGAAGCAACCCCACUGAGCAGCCUGAUGUGAAUAGGCAGGGCUGAGCCAUGCCUCUUCCUUGCAAGUGCAUUGUUGCUAGCAGAACUGAUGUCACCAAAGCUUUCUAUGGAAUUGGUGGGGAAUGAAGAGGUUGAUUGAUGUGGGGGAAAUGUGAAAAUGCUUUUCCUGAUCCUCUGAAGUGCUCUCAGCAAUUCAGCUGAAUCCAGUUGUUGCUGUGUGCAGGGGAGGAGGGGCUCCCCGUUGUGCUGUCUUUCAUUGGAGGUUUUGGGCAUGGAUUCUGGCAGUUCAAGAAAACCCUGUACCAGUUUCAAAUCAAAUAAAAUGGACAUAUUCAUGGA